AUGUCAGUGGCGGUCGCCGGGCCGAUGACCGGAAAACUGCCUUGCCGAACUUUGUCCCCGCAUUGCAUUCCGGUUGCACGACUUCGACGACCGACCGAUCUGGCCGAUGAAUCCGGCCAAAGCUUUAUACGCCAUAAUCACGACUGCGCCUGGCUGGUCGUCAACGCGAUGAACACCCCGGCCUUGACCGACAUCGACAUCGACCUCGAUCUCGAUCUCAACCUCGACAACGACAACGACAACGACAUCUACCUGCUGGUACACAGCCACCGGUGUGUGAACGCGCGCCGACGAAAUGCAAUGGCCAGCAACGAAAUCGCCUCAUAUUCCUUCGUACCAAGCGGCUAUGGAACAGAACUGUAG